GGAUAAAUAGAAAUAAAGAGUGAUGUAUUAUUCAAAUGACGACCAGUAUCAGCGGCAAGAGCCAUCGGUAUUGACGCGAUGGACAAAGCUGGUUGUCAGGGCUGCUCUCAAAGGUGGCAAGGAUUUCUGUAAGGAGACCAGCAUUCAUGGAUUCAACCACAUCGCCGCACCAAGACGGCAUUGGUUUGAACGACUUCUGUGGGUGGCAGCCACGAUGCUGGCUAUCUGGGGAGCUCUGGACGUGUCCAUGGGGCAGCUGCAGAGGUUCAACGAGAGCCCUACAGUCGUGACCUUGGAGAAAGACUUCAGGUCCUGGCGCUACAGUCUGCCGGCCAUCACGUAUUGUUAUAAGAACCGCGUCGACAAAGCAAAACUACCCUCGACCAUCAAGCAGCACUUCGGGAUAGAAAGAGAUGACGCGAGCUACCCAUUCUACUCCCGCCUGGUGACCGCCAUCGCCAACUCCGACCUGUUCCACCUGGAGCUGUUCCAGGAGUUCAGGGACAUGGAUGAGAAGGUGGAUAUGGUGAAGAUUGCCAGCGAAGUCAUGUUACCAGCUCAAAUCAAGACGGUGUCUUCGGAAGGAGGUCACGUCUACAAAUGGAUCCCAGUCAUUACGGAGGCCGGUGCCUGCUAUGCUACCAACUCCUUAGCACUAGCUGAUGUCACUGUCACACGGAUGCAUCCUAAUGACAGCAGGGAAUGGCCGAUAUCUUGUAAAUAUUCGUCGCUCAGCUGUUAUAUUAUAAUGGACGUUACGACUGAUGCUAACUUCUACGUUCAUUCUCCAUAUGAUAUUAUGGACUUGACCCUGACGGUUUCCGAUGUGUUUCUGAGUCUGACGCGGGCUACUCAGCUCAGUGUGAUGGAGUCACGAUGCGGGCGAGGGGUUAAGGAGCUGCAGCCGAAGAGGAGGGGGUGUCUGUACAGUGACGAGCCCAUAGCCAGCGGAAAGAAGGUGUACAGCACUAACACGUGUCGGCUCACGUGCAGAAGCAGACUGGCGCUCGCUAAAUGUGGAUGUAUACCUUUCUAUUACUUCUAUGAGGCUGGUCCACAAUGCACCCCAAAGGGCAUGUGGUGUCUCGCGGCCUACGCUCAACAGCUGACCACGAACAAUGGGGAGAAGUGCGCGUGCGCACCACAAUGCAUGGACAGUAUUUAUAAGGAAAUCAGCGUCAAUGAUCAGAUCUGGGACCGACUUCCCUUCAAGCUCAGAGGCUCAGUCAAGUUCAUAGUGCAAGCUCCGAAGACACGUUACACCAGGGAGAUUGUAUUCCACUUUCAAGAUCUUGUAGUAUCAUUUGGAGGAGCUGCGGGAUUGUUUCUAGGAGCGAGUUUCAUCAGUUUCGUGGAAAUCCUCUUUUUCCUUCUCACACGAGCGUUCAGACUGUUUGCUGGAGACAAACCUUUAAGAACAGAAGAGAAGAAGCCAGCGAUACAGGUGAAGAAACUAUACAUACCUUAUGAGACUCAACGCAUUAAGCAUCUGACUUCAAUUCUCGAUGGCCAGAGACAAUAUGAAGAUUAUAUUGUUAAAUUAAAAUAACAGUCUUUUUCGUACGAGUGA